AGGAAUCUUGGAACCACAUAACCGAGAUCUAAUCACCCGCUCUAUUCACCCGCGAUCCACUCCGUUGCCUUUCUCCGCAUGCGCGCGCCUUGCGCAACGCGUCAUGUCCGAUCCUCCCAAGGCGAAGCGCGUGCACUUUAGCUCUGACGACGAUGGCGCGGGUCCAUCCGCGCGCCACCCGCAGCCGCAGGAGCCGCGGAGAGUCGGAUGCGGGAAGGGGAUAAACUGGCGGGACGGGGACUCGGACGACGAGCGGGAACGGGAGGCGCAGGCGAUGUGCGGGGGGGGGCAGAGGCGGACAGAGGAGGCGCAGGGGGCGGGCGCGGAGGAGGCGGAGAAGGAGCCGCUGGGCGAGUAUGAGAGCUACGCGCAGGACUGCAUCACCAUACUGCUGGUGCGCGGGGUGGCGGACGUGGAGCGGGAGGAGCGCGGCGAGGGGGGGGUGAAGUUCAGUCCGGAGUACGUGCACCAGAUGUUCGGGGACGACGGGGUCGUGCGCGGCUACAAGGACCUGCAGGUGGACAUCUGGAUGCAUGCGUCCACGUUCCUCACCUACAUCGACAUCUCCUACUCGCACAAGAUGCCCAAGAGGAAGAAGCAGGCGAGGGACCACAAGGAGCCCCACGACAUCAACGACAUUCUCAAGUCACUCUUCCCCCAAGGCUUCCUGACAUCGCGGGAGGAGUUCGUGGCGGCCCUCCCUCUCCAGCCGCAGCUCUUCCAGGGCAUGCUAUCUAAGCACGCAACGGUAGAGCAGCCCUGGCAGCAGGUGCAGCACAAGGGGGGCGGGGGAGGGGCGGUGGAGGCAGAUGAUGGUUGCAGUCCAGCCGCUAGCACCAAGCCUGAAAACGAAGGGGCUAAGGAUGAUGGCGCUGAUGGUGCAGCUGACAACGAUGAUGGUGCUGAGGAUGGGGCUGUUGAGUGUGAGGUGGUAUCUCUGGACCUGUCGCAACCGGUGGUGCGGGACUGGCAUGCGCGCAUGCAGCCCCUCGUCAAGUUCUUCAUCGACAACGGGCAGCCCAUAGACACCACGGACCCUCUCUGGAUGCUGUCAGUCGUGCUGCAACGCCCCGCCGCUCCUGCUCCUGCCAUCCCCCCUCCUCCUCUUCCUUCUCCUCCUCCACCUGCUGCUGCUACCUCUGCUGCCUCUGGUGAGAAGGAAUCGGCAGCAGCAUCAGCCAAGGGCGGAGAGAAUGAGAGCGUGGGGCAUGGAGCAGGGGAUACGGUGGUGGUGGUGGGCUUCUGCACCAUCUACUCCUUCUACCACCACCCUAACAGCACCCGCCUUCGCCUCAGCCAGAUUCUGGUGCUGCCGCCGUACCAGGCCAUGGGGCACGGGUCACGGCUGCUGAACCUGGUGCACGAGGUGGCGUGCCGCAUGCACGCGUACGACAUCACGGUGGAGGACCCCUCUGACGCCCUGCAGGAGCUCAGGGAGGCGCUCGACUGCCUGCGCCUGCUCGCCCUGCCCUCGGCGGCUGCUGCGCUGCAGUCCGCUGUGUCUAGGGUCACGCAGUUCGUCAGCGCCCGCCUCCCGAGUCAUGCCGUGCCUCCUGCUGCUGCUCCUGCUGCUGCUGCUCGUGGUGCUGGUGCUGGUGCUGCGCCUGGUGAUGGAGAUGGUAGUGGUAGUGGUGCUGCUCCUGCUGCUGCUGCUGGUGGUGAGGGAGAGGAGGAGAUGAAGGAGAGCAAGGAUGGUGAGGUAACUGAAGCCAAGGAUAGGGAGAAGGGGCCGGAGGAGGGGGAACAAGCAGAAGGAAAAGACGGAGAAACCGAGGGUGGCGAGCACAAGGUCGAGGAGGAGGAGGAGGAGGAGGAGGAGGAGGAGGAGGAGGAGGAGGAGGAGGAGGAGGAGGAGGAGGAGGAGGAGGAGGAGGAGGAGGGGGAGGGGGAGAUCAGCGAGGCAAUAACAGCGAUGGAAUCCCUCCUUGCGUUACCCGAGAGCAUGGUGGAGGACGCGCGGGAGAAGCUGCACCUGAACAAGCAGCAGGUGGUGCGGUGCUGGGAGGUCCUGCUGUUCCUGCAGCUGCCGUCCACAGGCAGCGCUGGCAGGCGCGCGUGGAAGCGGCUGGUCACCAGCCGCAUCAAACUGGAAGAGCUGGGAGUGAAGAGCGUGCUGGGGAGAGCACGUGCGGGGGGUGCUAGGAGAGCGCUGGACCAGGAGGGCGGUGAGGGGGAAGGGAACGGGGAGGUGGGUGGGGGUGCGGGUGGGGAUGGGGGGGGUGGUGAUGAAAGGCGGAGCAGGAGGCGGAGGAGGGGCAGGAGAGGGUGGGAGAAGCGGGUGAUGGACCUGCCUGUGUUUGAGAACGACAAGCAGAUGUUCUUCAUGUGCCGCCUCCCGCCUGUUGCCGACGCACUGGGAGAGUGCAAGGAAGGGGACGGGCAGGGUAGUGACAGCGUGGCAGGGAAACGGGCAGGCGCCGAUGCUGACAGGGCCAGUGCUGACCCUGUUGUGGGUGGCAGCGGCAACAACAUGAGCAGUAGAGUGGUGGUUGGUGCGGGGGUGGAGGAGGAUGAGAGCACAAAGAAGGCUCUUCUGGAGUUUGUUGCAGACAGGGAGGAGCAGGUGGUGGCUGCGGCAGGGAUUGUGCAGAAAGUACUGAAGAGAGUGGGGGAAGGAGAGGGUGCAGGGGCAGCAUUAGCAGGAGCAGGUGCUGCUUGGUCAGCAACAGUGGUGUUGUAAGCUUUUUUCCAACAGGGUAGUGAACAGUGGAAGGAUAUGAGCAGGGGAGCAGCGGAAUUGUGUUGGGUUUGGGGUGGAGGGAUGUGAAGUGGUUGUGUAUGCCCAUGACCUGAGCAAUUUUCUUUGGAUUGCCCGACGUCUUCUGGAAUGUUCUUUUUUCCAGCCAUUGUAUGGCUAAUUUCUUCAAGUUCCCAUU